AUGGCUACUCCUGCUAUUAGCAAAUGGUCUGAUGUACCACAAGAAAAGGUUCAAGAAGUUAUUGUAAAGAAUGAAAAGGGUGAAGAUGUUAAGAUUAUUACAACAUACCGUGAAUAUCAAGUACUUGUAAUGAAAAAUAAAAAGGUAGACGAAAGAAAAAAAUGGGGCAAGUUUGGCGAGACCAAUGAAGCCAAUUGUUUAUCAAAUACAUCGUCUGGUGAAGAAGUGUUCUUGACCUUGUCGAGAAACUCUGUCUCGGAAGAGGAAAAGAAGGACGUUAUUCAAUGUAGAAACUGUAAGAGAAACCAUUUCACCUCCAAGUGUCCAUACAAGGAUGCUUUAGAGUUGUCUCAAAAGUUGAACAAGCCAGAGAAAGAAGACAGACCAGACAAUUUGGGUGGUGGCAACAGAUACGUCGCUCCAUCACAAAGAGUUGGCUACCAAGCCGCCGCUGAAGUCCCAAGUUUGAUCGUCAACAAUCUUUCGAGCAAUGCCACCGAAAAGGAUCUCCGUGAUCUCUUUUUGCGUUUUGGUUAUGUCGGAAAGGUCACCAUUCCAAAGCUCAACGACGGUACCCCAAGAGGUUUCGCCUAUGUCACCUACAACGAACUCAGAUGUGCCGAAGAAGCCAUCAAGGGUCUCAACGGUCAUCGUUACGAUUACUUGGUUUUAUCUGUUGAUUUUGCAAAGAAAAAGCCAAUGAACUAA